CCUGGAGUAAGACUGACUCAAGCACGGAGAUUGACGCCUGCUGCGGCGGCGUGCGAGAUUAAAAGGAACCCGCGUGACCUGCCUUGUGACCAGAUCAUACACGAUUUCGACCGGAAGAGAAGCGUUGGUGUAUAUACCGGCAUGGAGUGCAUGCCACAUGUUUAUAUAGAGCAGCCACAUCAAACGAGGAAUGAAGACGCGGGAGUGUUUGGAGCUCUCUUGGAGUAUCUGUCCCACCGACAAACCACUCGAUCGCGAGUUGGCUGAUAACAAAAUGCCCGGCAUGAAGGCAUCCAUAGCACGCCUUUGUCGGGGCCCCAUCCUUAUCUCAGUCCCCGUAUCUCCUUCCAAAACACAUCGUGCGGCGUGCACAAUUCCCAAGCUUGCAGCGCCCGUUUGUCUAUCUCUUUCGUCAUCAGGUUCAAAGCCGAAUCGCACUGGUUAGUGAGAAAGAAGCGCGCCUGACGCUUGGCUUCAACGCAGCCGCUCCACGGUCAGUUAUAUUAGGACGUUCGGUCUUUGGAUUUGUGCUCGUUUUCAAGCCAGAACUGGCGUGUGCGCUGUGCUAAACCGCAUGUAUACCAGCAUCUUGGACUGCACCAUAGCCCAGCGGAUUGCGACGCGACGCAGUGAAAGCGGCAAAAAAGGCGUUCCAUGACUGCAAAGGCUGCCGACGGAGUUCGAGCAGGUCAAGCAACUAUGUGCGCAGCGCAGGCUUCGCCCCGGACAGCCCAGAGACGGUGCGGCCAGACGACACCACCCGAGGCUGCCGCGAUGGUGGCAACGGGGCUAGGCGGGCAUAAGAGGAAACAGCUGAGCCUGGCGUACGAGGAACUGACGACCGUGCCGUACAGCCUCAUCGAAAAGUACACUGCCGACGUGGAGGUGCUAGACCUGAGUCACAAUCGACUGACGGACGUUCGCUUCUUGUCGCACUUCGAGCGCCUUCACACAGUGAUCCUGGACCACAACUGCCUGAGCUGCCUGAGCGUGGUGCCGAUGCUGCCGACGCUGCAGGUGCUCUGGCUCAACUACAACCGGCUGCUCAGCCUGACGGUGUUCGUGCCCGGCCUGUCCCGGAGCUGUCCGCAGCUGCGCGUACUCAGCUUCAUGGGGAACGAGCUCGCGCCGUCGUUCCUCAACAACGGCACGGCCGAGCAGAACGCCAACUACAGGCUGUACGUGAUCGCGCAUUUCCCGAGGUUGGUGUUCCUGGACGACCGGCCCGUGCUGCACGAAGAGAGGCACAAGGCGCACGCCGUGGGGCAUCACAUCGCCGAGAUGCUGCACGCCCACGAGGCCACCGUCACCCGCAACAGCCUCAAGGGAGUGGCGCGGUGAUCGCCGGCGUGGCUAUGGACCCGUGUCUAGUAUGUGGGACGUCCGCCUGUCCGCUCACUCAGUGCUGGUGACGUGGUGCACGAGUGUGACAGUGGGAACUCUAAUGUCGGUGCUAUGACGUAAUGACGGUGAAAAGGAAAGAUCAUCGACUGAAGUGCAGCAGGCGCAGUCGAAGAGAAGCGGUUCGGACCGUCACCUACUUCUUUUUAUUGCUCGCUGUCUCUUCUUUCCCGUCUCGUUCCCUCGCGACAUUCCCAUAUUCUAUACUUACGAAGCAUAAGUAUUAAUAGCAGAUGACAGCCAUUCCGCUGGAGUCGAUAGAAGGCCCACGAGCUUCGUGCAGGGAGAGAUAGCGAUAGAGAAAGGAUGUACUGAAAGGCAGGGACGUUAACAAGAAAUAGCGCUGGAUGCAUACCCUUCACGGAGCGGAGGGGUAAGGCCGUAGGGAUGGAGGGAGAAAGUCACUGUUCAAAUCGAGCUGAGGCCCACGCGUUUGGUGUGCAUCUACAGGUAUACGGGGUGAGGAUAAUCGAGAGGGCAUGCAGAAGGUGGCACUGGAAGGAGGAUGUCUGUUCACAGGGAGGAGAGGAACGGCCGUCCACUUGGUCCGCGGAAGUGGAGUUGAUGGCUGUCAGCCAGGUGGGAGGGGUCGACGGAGAGCCUUCCUGGAUAUUGCGAAGACUUGCGCUCCAGACACUCGGCAAGACAGCUGAGUGUCCCCUUUUCCACUAUCAAGAACCUACCAUGCCCCUGUUCUCAUGAUCAGUUGCCCGUGUUGUCAUUCUUUUGCAGGCAUUAUGGCUCAUCAAUUCAAGGGCUUUGAAGGUGAUACUGUGCUUUUAAGACCGUUGGGCCUGUUUGAGCGCCUUUGUUUGACGUUGUCCUCCCGCGCACGUUGUUUACCAGUCGAUCUCCCCCCCCCCCCCCCCCCCUUGAACUUCUGUUCACCAUUUUCUUGCUUCGGUAGCCAACCAGACACGCCUUCUUCUGUCCAACCUGUCCUUAUCAACUCCUUGUGUCUCUGUAUAGUGUCGGACAGGGGCCUGUAUGCCAAGAAUUUCCAGUGUAUGGACACGAAGUGCUGCACUAGCUCGGCCACUUGGUCGGCACAAAAUAUUGGAUGACGUUGACGAAAACGCAGCAUAGCGCCGGCUUUAUUUGAAGAAACGAAAAGUGUAUAUACAACACAGUCACCCAUCCUUUCGCACUGCGUCAAAUGACACCAUACCAACUAGCUUUCGGCAAACGCUGUACAUGCUGGUCGUAUACCUGAAUACGAAGGCGUAUACACUCGAGGUUGUUUGCAAUGCCAUAGUUAAGGCCCAGAGGAUAGACGGAGAGAAUUCAAAGCAGUCUGGAAAAAAAUCCUCGUAUAGCUGCAAUACGGAAAGUGUCAUGCUGCACGACAAUCAUGAGAAAGUAUAACCGUUGCAGAUCGGUUUUUGUUUCGCCUAUAAAUGGACGACCCGGUGAGAGUCACUUCACGAUGCAUAAUUUUUGUUAGCCGCGCCAAUAAAAGCGGCGACGUACCGUUUUGUAGCCAUACUUCACGUGUAGUCAUAUUCAGGUUAAGGAACUGUCGGGUAGCAGUAACAUCCCAUUCAAAGUGCAAGAUACUCUUUCACGAGGCGACUAUGUGUUCUUGCUUCCAUCGAUAAUAAUAACUUUAAAAAACUUGAAUAAGCGCGCUCUUUGUAUAAACAUCAGUAGCAGGAAAGUCGCCGCAGCCAAAUUAGGCGAAGCUCAGCUGGGUGUCAACACAAUGUUACUCGCAGACGCGAGUGCAGACGAAACGAUGGCGGCUCAGCUGCAUGCUGCAUGUAAGGGACAGACGUUCAAGCACGGAAUCAACACUAGAGACAGCCCCUACCAAAUUACAGUAUCGUGCUUGCAAUUUCUCGCACGGUUUCGCGUGCACAGCCUCUACAUUGGUCGAUGCUAUCCUCUCACCCGAAUGCGAGAGGCCAGGCUGCAUCAGUCAGUUGUAAAACGCCUUUACUAAAUCGGGUCGACCAGUCGUCGUAGACUUGGCUGCGUGAAACAUUUGGUCAAGCAGCCAGGACGUUUCAUUUUGCCUCAGCACUGCUGUUUCAGCGAAAUACAAAAGUACCGUGUCGUCAGUACAACGCAGCCGUUGGGUUUUCACCAAUCUCGCUGGCAAUAAAUAAUAUCCUUGGACGACUUGCUCUAGUCCUCUUCUUUUUUUAACGUUUAGAUAUAUCACGCUGUCGCUCUCAGGACACAACUUCCGCAGCGCCGAGAUAUCGUCAGCCAAUUUUACUAAGAGCACGUUUACGACGCUCGCGCUCCCGUUUUGCGAAUUGAAACGAUACAUUUUCGAUAUAUCGGGAAAUAUAUAUACAUUAGACUCUGCCUAAAUGGAACUCGAAGGGACAGCAGAAAGACGUGUUCCGUUUAUACGAAGUUUCAUUUAAGCGAAGGACACAAAGAUCGCCAAGAAAUUGUUCUGUUCGAAAAGCGUCCGAGUGUUUCGAUAUUAUACUGUGGCGCAAAGAGACUUGCCGUGCGCUCGACAUCGCAUUGUGUAGAUUCUUUAGCGCAAGGCUGCGUUCGAUCAUGCGCUAAAAAAAUUCUCAAUAAUUCUGCGCAGUUCUCACGUUCGUAACACCACUAUAGAUCGACUUUCAACUGCUAAGCUUGCCGUAGGAUCCGAAACUGGAACAAAUAUCUAUGUGUCCGUCAAUACGUAGGACUGAACAGUCAUUGCCACGAACUUCAACGAUAAUAUUUUCAGCUGUCUCCUCGGAGCCGGCAACGCCACGAACUUCAACGAUAAUAUUUUCAGCUGUCUCCUCGGAGCCGGCAACAAGGGCGUGGUCUCUUAUUCGUGGCGGUGUAAACGAAUGGAGGCCUGGCUGCACGAUAAGCGCACAGCGCCGCUCUCCUCCUCGGGGAUCGUCACUCUCCGAGCGAAGUCCUCAUGAUGGUAAACAGUUCUGCAACUUCGACAUAUUUAAUUUGCAACAACUUUACCGCAACCGCGUGAUGGACUGCACUUCCUUCGUUAUCUAUAGCAUCCCGAUUCGACUAUGUUUGUCGGAUUUUCCUGUUCCGUAUACGCCGAUGAAGUAGGUGGAAGUUUCGAUACAUUUACCCGAGGUUACAAAAAACUUGGGUUCCGUGUAACCAAAGUUUGCUACCAUUGUGCCUGUGGGCAGCCAACCAAAGUUGGUACCAUUUUUCCUUUUAUCCUGCAUUUCCGUUUAAGCGAGUUUCGAUUAUUUGGAGACCACUUUACUUGUUUCAUACAUUUAAGAAAUCCGACGUAAUCGUUUCGCAAGAACGAAAUAUACGUUUAUAUUUUUUUC